AAGCAAUAAGGGAGUUAAUUUGAUAGUACCGACUUAAGGCUUUUGAAGCAGUAAGGGAGUUAAUUUGAUAUUUUCGAUGCUGUAAGCGGUUAGCAUAAUUGGAUACCAGCGAAUUGGAAAUCAAACAAUGAUGUGUGAUAUAUUAAGAUGAGUAAUCAUGGUCCAUACCAGAGAGAAGAAAGUGUUGCAUCUGAAAGGACCCUUGAUAAUCUAGAGACAAUACCCAGCAACUUACCUUCACCUGAAUAUUCACCAACAAACUUGAGAAAUAAAACUGGUCAGAUGUCAAGAAAUAUAGGCCCUGAGUUCAGGGCAGGAGCUUCAAGACCCCCACACCAUGGCAGAGUGAGUCCAAUCCCCUUGGAACAAUACAACUAUGAUGAUAGAGAGAGGGAAACCAGUAGAGGGCUAGGAACCAGAGUGUCCUGGCAAUCGCCAAAUGUUGCUGAGAUACAGAUAAGCCCAAAAGAAGAGAAACACACAACUAGUCAGUUUUCAUUUGAUUACAAUGGUGAAAAUGUGGCAGGGAGUUCUCAUAGUUCACCAGAAAGAGGCUCCGGUGAAAUGACAAGGGUUGUAACAGGGAGCGAAAGUAGUCCAAUCAGAAGGUUGAAGAAGAAAGAGGAAGAGAGACCAAGAGUUGAGCGAGAGUAUUCAGAUGCGUAUAUAGACAGUAUAUCUCGUACACCAAGAUACGGACUUGGACGUCAUAACACAUAUGACGAUAUGCUAACCUCUAUGAAUUCUGAUGACCCAUUCAAGGGUCAGUAUGAGCCAUCAGGAAAAACCCCAAGAGAGAAAAGUAAAAUAUCAAAACCACCAAAGAAAAGGGACCAAUCUGAUGAGAGGCGAGAACAUUUUUUUGAUGGGGAACAGUCAGAAAAACAUCAUAAGAAGAAGAGUAGAAAACGUAAAAAGAAAAAAGGGGACGAGUUGCAGAAUGACACAACAGAAUCUCACUCAUAUACCAACAGUGCUUACACAAGAUCUCCAUCUAAAUUGAGGCCAAAUGAGUCUGAUCACGAGUCAGUAAAGAGUAACGGGACAUAUACUCUCGGAAAUGAGAAAACGAAGGAUAUACGCUCGAGUAUAACCAAUAUGACUGCUACUGUGCUGAAGAAAUCCCCUCACAAAGUGAUGUCUUCAGUUUGUCCAUCAGUUGUCAAACAUAAUAGGGAUAAAGAGCUGGAUAAUAAAAAACUGGCAAAGUUUGUGGCUGAGGGGAACUUCAUGCAGAGAGAGUGCAAGGUAUAUGUCCAGGAUCGUAAGUCAGCCAAGAAAAACUGUCAGUGUGGAAGAAGUGUGGAGUGGCAUGAAAUUGAUAAUAUCUCGGUUCCUGAUUUACACAAGCAGUUUAUUGAUGGGAAGGAGAUUUGGCAUCAUAAAACACACACGAAGGCCACACCAACGGACUCAUUUGGUGUCAUACAGUUUCAGGGGUUUGGACAGGAAACAUACAACUCACCUUAUAUUCGUUUAUGCCCCACUACAGAAAUGGAGAACCUGUGGACCUUGCUUACAGAUCACUGGAAGCUCCCGAUACCUAAACUGCUGAUCUCAGUGACCGGCGGAGCUCAGAGGUUUGACCUUAACCCUAGACUAAAGGCUGUCUUCAAGCGAGGCCUCAUAAAUGCCGCAACUACAACAGGUGCAUGGAUCAUAACUGGAGGAACAGCCACAGGGGUGAUGCAAUUUGUAGGUGAAGCUGUGAGGGACCAUCUCAUAACGCUCGGAAGCAGUGAAAACAAUAUUGUUGCUCUGGGUAUUGCUACUUGGGGAUGUAUUGCUAACAGAGAGGCUUUGGAUGGAGAAGAGGAUCAAGGCUUAUUCCCAGCCACAUACAGUUUGGAAGAUGUGUCUGAGGUUAAAGGUCGUGAUGUACCCUUGGAUCACAACCAUACACAUUUUAUGCUUGUUGAUGAUGGAACAGAGGGAAAGUUUGGCAGAGAGAUCGAAUUCAGGUCCACGUUUGAAAGAUAUGUGUCAGAAAAAGUCGAAACUGGAGUAGCAGAAACACAGAGUGUGAAUGUACCAGUUGUGAUGCUGGUAGUAGAGGGUGGGGUAAACACCAUGAAGACAGUGUGGCAGGCAGUCCAGCAGAACAUUCCAGUUCUCGUGCUCAAUGGUUCAGGCAGGGCGGCUGAUUUUCUAGCUUAUGGUUAUUUACUAUCUAAAGAUCCUAAAAAUGAGGACAAGUCAAAGUUUCCAUCUGACUUUGAUAUGGAAAUGACCCAUGUUGCAAGGAUGAAGUUUGCAUGGAAAGCCACGGAUAAUAUUGACAAAAAAAUUGCUGAAUGUCUGCGUCAGCUGAAGGAUGCUUUAGCCACACGUAAACUGAUAAACAUUUUCAACCUUGGUGAGGCAGAGACUAAGGAUAUAGACAGAGCUAUCCUGUAUGCUUUAUUGAAAGCUAACAAGACAAAUGCCAAUGCUCAGUUGUCACUGGCUCUCGCCUGGAACAGAUGUGAUAUAGCCAGGCACGAGAUCUUCACACAAGAUAACAGGCAAUAUUGGAAGAAUCUCCCACUGUAUGAUGCCAUGUUCACUGCCCUGGUUCAGGAUCGCGUUGACUUUGUACAUCUAUUCAUGGAAAAUGGUGUGAGCUUGAAGAAAUUCCUCAGUAUUGAAACUCUGUGGAACCUGUAUGGAAAUGUCCUCUUGGAUACCUCAGACACAAUGGCACAGACACUGAGUAACUUGAUGUUGUACCUAAAGCAAACUUGGGGUGCAUACCUGUGUUGCCGCCAAACUCCCACCGGUGUGACUGACCCUGACCUCCUCUGUUUUAUUGGAAAACUUAUGGUUCAUUUGCUGGGAGAUGAGAACUUUAAUUCAUACUCUGAUGAAAAGUUCAAGGUCAACAGAAGAAGUCCUGAAAUGAAAUGGUUGCCAGGCAACCAUGCUGCUAAAUUGAAUGUUAAAGGUCAAGUUCUGUCAAAAUACCGAUCAGACCAUAGAAACAGCUCUAUAUACACCGGUUCUGUAUCAGCUGAAAGUGCAAAACAGUUUUUCAAAAGGAAGAGACAAGAGUAUGACUUUAACAAACAGGCUGAGAGAGAGCUGUUUCUCUGGGCUAUCCUGUUUAACAGAAGAGAACUAGGCAAAAUGAUGUGGAGGGCUGGAGAGGAUCAGCUAGGCGCAGCACUGGUGGCUUGUGCGAUCUUGAAGGCACUGGCAUCUGUAGCUGAUGAUGAUGAGGAAUUAGAACUUAGUCAAGAUCUAGAAGAUCAUGCAAAUAUGUAUGAAGAUAUGGCUGUGGGUGUUGUAUCUGAAUGUUACAAGAGGGAUAAGAUGAUGGCCCAUCAGUUGUUGGUACGGCGACUAGAACACUUCGGAAAAACUACACUGUUCACACUAGCUGACACACAUACUCUGAUGAAGUUUAUGGGAAAUACUUGCUGUCAGACAAAACUGAAUCUCAUUUGGAAAGGACGUAUGGCGCUGUAUACUCAGUCCUGGAAGAUAAUGUUGUCGCUUGUGUUUCCAUUCUGUGUACCAACUAUAAAAUUUACAACGAACGAAGGGUUGUUGCCAGGGUCUGGUCAGGAUAACGAUGAGUUUGAUGACCUUGACGAAGGUGAAGAAAGCAUGGAGCCUCAAAAGGAAAAUGUUGUCGUUAUUUCAAACAAGGUAAAACCAGAUGUUGGGAGUAUUGCUGAAAACUAUAAGGUAAUGCCAAACACAGUAUCUGGAGAGGGGCCAGAGGAGGAGAUCUUUGUACGUUCAAAGUCCCGUCGGGGAAAUAAAAAGAAGAAAAAGUUGUACAAAGUUCAGAUGUUCAGUGAUACGAGAACUGGAAGUAUUGGACUUCUGGACGCCUUCUAUUUCUUCUAUACAGCGCCUGUAUCAGUGUUUAUCAUCAAUACAAUAUCCUAUCUUGUUUUCCUGGCACUGUUUACCUACUUUGUGCUCACCAAUCUCUAUCCAGAUAGAAGAUCAAUGAUAGAGUAUAUUGUCUGGGGUUGGACAAUUACAAUGUUGAUAGAAGAAAUCCGGCAGGUUUUAUCCAACGACAAGCGAUCAUUGUUGUACAAGUUACGAGGCUGGUUUGGAUCUAUGUGGAAUCGGUUUGAUUUGGCAAUGUACUUGAUAUUUCUAAUUUCUGUGAUAUUACGGUUUACCUUACCCAGUGAAAAAUUUACAUAUGCCAGGGUGUUUUACAGUAUUACUGUGGCCAUGUAUUAUUUGAGGUUUAUGCAAGUAUUCUUUGUAGAAAAGAACAUUGGGCCAAAAGUUAUCAUGAUCACAAAUAUGGUGAUAGAUCUGAUGUUUUUCCUUGGUAUUUUCCUGUUUUUCCUGCUCAGUUUUGGUAUAAUGUACCAGGCAAACUUGUUCCCAAACUCCCCAGCUAGCUGGUACCUACUCAAGAGUGUAUUAUACAUACCAUACUGGCAGAUGUAUGGUGAACUUUUCCUCGAAAAUCUUGAAGGUGAACAUCCUGCUGGCUGUACAAGUGAUGAGAGUAUCUGGCGCCCGGCUGGUGGUGCAGAUAGAUGUCCAGAGCAGAAUGCUCUGGUUCCCCUUCUUGGUGCUGUUUACCUCAUACUGACCAACAUUUUGCUUGUCAACCUUCUCAUUGCAAUGUUCAGUUACACGUUUCAAAUGGUACAGGACAAGUCGGAGCAGGUGUGGAGAUUUUACCGUUACAGUCUGGUAUACGAGUUCUACGACAGGCCAAAAUUCUGUCCACCAUUGAUCAUUUUCAGUCACAUCUAUAGAUCUAUAGUCUGGAUCACCCGGAGGACUUGUUCCACCCAGAAAUACCAUAAUGAAUUCAAAUUGAAUCUUGAUGAAAAAGAUAACAAUCGACUGACCUUGUUUGUACGAUCAGCAACUGAGAAUUAUCUUAAUAUUUCCCAGAAAGCUCAGAAAGAAGAGCUGGGUGCCAAAGUAGCUGACACAGCAAAUAGGAUUGAAAGGGUAAUAGAAGAGUUAGACAGUAUCAAAGAACAUGUUAAGCUGUCGAGAGUGUCCCCUAUCCUAGAUGAGAGUCGACCUGGAACAGCAGAACCAAUGCUGAUGGAUACCACAGAUACUAUUAUUCCAUUAUCAGCAAGGAAAUCUUCCAACUUACAUGCUACUGUUGAGAUGAUGCAGGCACAUAUGAAUGAUCUUAGUGACCAGGUGGCUCAGGCAAACUUGCAGACGGAGAAAAUGAUGUCCAUGAUGCAGCAGAUACUGUCGCAGCGAACACCGCGUCAUGGGACGCUUGAAAUCAGCGAAGUUAAUCAGUAAUAGACUUUUUGAGGAAGUCCUGUUAUAAUAAAAAAGUAUUUAUGUAUGAUUUGAUAUUAUGACAUGGUUGUGUUAAAUACAGUGUUGAUGAAAAGAGUCUUUCAGUAUCUACACUAACUCUGAUACAGGUUGUGAAAAAUCAACCAGCAUUUAAUAGUUUAUGAUUGAGAAAGACAUGUAUGCAAGUAAAUUAUUGGUAAUAAGCUACUGUAUACCUCCCAAUAUUUGCCCCUGGGGUAUUGCUUUAUGCAAAGGGAGGGUGUUUAUUUAGGAGCCCAGUUGGUAUAAAGUUUGGUUGAGUGUUUAUUAGGGGAUGUAUGGUAUUAGUGAAAUGUAGGGUGAAGGUGCUAUAUGUUAGCCUUUCAGUUUUUGAAUUGAUGAAUAUAUAUACCGGUACAUAUGUAAAAUUGUGUAUAUUUUUAGACUAUGCUGUGUGAAUUAAUUUGAUUAUUUAAUGAAUUUUUUACUCAUUGAAGAUAUAUUAUGAUAAAAACAGCAAGUAUUCUCAGUUCAAAAUAUUUUACACGUAUUUCUUUAAAUAGUCUUAUAUGUAGUAUUGAUUUCAGCAGUUGUAUUAUAUGAUGAAAGUGCCAAUUAUUUUUAUUUAACCUGCAAUGUUGUUUGUGAUACAACCUGUAGAUUGAUAUAAAGAUACUUUUUUUCGCCUUGGCAAAGAAAAGUGGUAAACUACAUUGAUGUAAAGAGGUAGUUACCAACUUUUUGCACUGAGGUGACAACAUGUGUGUCUUGUAUUAUGUUAUAUACUUUUUAUGUCAUUCUUUGUAUAUCUAACAAAAUUUAAUGUCACCCCAGAACAUUGCUUCUUUUAAGUUCUGGGCCCGUAUUCACAACUGAUCUUUCACUAUUUUUUUUGUGUUUGUGAGUCAUAACACAUACCAAGAAAAGAAUAGUCUUUUUAUAAAACUAUAAAAUGUCAUCAAUUUUUAGCUCGACUUUUCAUAGAAUAGUACAGCUAUUGGACUCGCCCAUGCGUCGGCGUCCCGAUUUGGUUAAGUUUUUGUAUGUAAGCUGGUAUCUCAGCAACCACUUGUGGGAAUGGAUUGAAACUUCACACACUUAUUCACUGUGAUAAACUGACUUACAUUGCACAGGUUCCAUAACUCUAUUUUGCUUUUUUACAAAAUAAUGCCCCUUUUUUGGCUUAGAAAUUUUUGGUUAAGGUUUUGUAUGUAAGCUGGUAUCUCAGUAACCACUUGUGGGAAUGGAUUGAAACUUCACACACUUAUUUACUGUAAUAAACCGACUUACAUUGCACAGGUUCCAUAACUCUAUUUUGCUUUUUUACAAAAUUAUGCCCCUUUUACGACUUAGAAUUUUUUGGUUAAGGUUUUGUAUGUAAGCUGGUAUCUCAGUACUCACUAAUUGGAAUGGAUUGAAACUUCACACACUUGUUCACUGUCAUGAUCUGACAUGCACAAAGCAGGUCCCAUAACUUUAUUUUGCUUUUUUACAAAAUUAUGCCCCUUUUUCAACAUAGAAAUUUUUGGUUAAGUUUUUGUAUGUAAGCUGGUAUCUCAGUAUCCACUAAUGGGAAAGGAUUGAAACUUCACACACUUGUUCACUGUCAUGAUAUGACAUGCAGUGCAAAGGGUCAAUAACUCAACUUUGCAUUUUACAAAAUAAUGCCCCUAUUUAAACUUAGGAGUUUUGGGUUAAAUUCUUAUAUGUAAGCUGGUAUAUCAGUACCCACUAAUGGGAAUGGAAUGAAACUUCACACACUUGUCCACUGUCAUGAGCUGAUAAGCACUAUGCAGGUUCCAUAACCCUAUUUUGCUUUUUAGCUCACCUGUCACAAAGUGACAAGGUGAGCUUUUGUGAUCGCGCGGUGUCCGUUGUCCGUCGUCCGUCCGUGCGUGCGUGCGUCCGUCCGUAAACUUUUGCUUGUGACCACUCUAGAGGUCACAUUUUUCAUGGGAUCUUUAUGAAAGUUGGUCAGAAUGUUCAUCUUGAUGAUAUCUAGGUCAAGUUCGAAACUGGGUCACGUGCCUUCAAAAACUAGGUCAGUAGGUCUAAAAAUAGAAAAACCUUGUGACCUCUCUAGAGGUCAUAUAUUUCACAAGAUCUUCAUGAAAAUUGGUCAGAAUGUUCACCUUGAUGAUAUCUAGGUCAAGUUCGAAACUGGGUCACGUGCCUUUAAAAACUAGGUCAGUAGGUCUAAAAAUAGAAAGACCUUGUGACCUCUCUAGAGGCCAUAUAUUUCACAAGAUCUUCAUGAAAAUUGGUCAGAACGUUCACCUUGAUGAUAUCUAGGUCAAGUUUGAAACUGGGUCACGUGCCCUCAAAAACUAGGUCAGUAGGUCAAAUAAAAGAAAAACCUUGUGACCUCUCUAAAGGCCUUAUUUUUCAUGGGAUCUGUAUGAAAGUUGGUUUGAAUGUUCGUCUUGAUGAUAUCUAGGUCAAGUUCGGAACUGGGUCACGUGCGGUCAAAAACUAGGUCAGUAGGUUUAAAAAUAGAAAAACCUUGUGACCUCUCUAGAGGCCAUAUAUUUCAUGAGAUCUUCAUGAAAAUUGGUCAGAAUGUUCACCUUGAUGAUAUCUAGGUCAAGUUCCAAAGUGGGUCACGUGCCAUCAAAAACUAGGUCAGUAGGUCAAAUAAUAGAAAAACCUUGUGACCUCUCUAGAGGCCAUAUUUUUUAUGGGAUCUGUAUGAAAGUUGGUCUGAAUGUUCAUCUUGAUGAUAUCUAGGUCAAGUUCGAAAGUGGGUCACGUGCCUUCAAAAACUAGGUCAGUAGGUCAAAUAAUAUAAAAACCUUGUGACCUCUCUAAAGGCCAUAUUUUUCAUGGGAUCUGUAUGAAAAUUGGUCUGAAUGUUCAUCUUGAUGAUAUCUAGGUCAAGUUCGAAACAGGGUCAUGUGCGGUCAAAAACUAGGUCAGUAGGUCUAAAAAUAGAAAAACCUUGUGACCUCUUUAGAGGCCAUACUUGUGAAUGGAUCUGCAUAAAAAUUGGUCAGAAUGUUCACCUUGAUGAUAUCUAGGUCAGAUUUGAAACUGGGUCACGUGCCUUAAAAAACUAGGUCAGUAGGUCAAAUAAUAAAAAAACCUUGUGACCUCUCUAGAGGCCAUACUUUUUAUGGGAUCUGUAUGAAAGUUGGUCUGAAUGUUCAUCUUGAUGAUAUCUAGGUCAAGUCCGAAACUGGGUCAACUGCCUUCAAAAACUAGGUCAGUAGGUCUAAAAUUAUUAAAAUCUUUUGACUUCUCUAGAGACCAUAUUUUUCAAUGGAUCUUCAUGAAAAUUGAUCUGAAUGUUCACCUUGAUGAUAUCUAGGUCAGUUUCGAAACUGGGUCACGUGCGGUCAAAAACUAGGCCAGUAGGUAUAAAAAUAGAAAAACCUUGUGACCUCUCUAGAGGCCAUAUUUUUCAUGAGAUCUUCAUGAAAAUUAGUGAGAAUGUUCACCUUGAUGAUAUCUAGGUAAAGUUCAAAACAGGGUCACGUACCUUCGAAAACUAGGUCAAUAGGUCAAAUAAUAGAAAAACCUUGUGACCUCUCUAAAGACCAUAUUUUUCAAUGGAUCUUCAUGAGAAUUGGUUAGAAUUUUUAUCUUGAAAAUAUCUAGGUUAAGUUCAAAACUGAGUCACAUGAGCUCGAAAACAAGGUCACUAUGUCAAAUAAUAGAAAAAACAACGUCAUACUCAAAACUGGGUCAUGUGGGAAAAGGUGAGCGAUUCAGGACCAUCAUGGUCCUCUUGUUUUAAAUUAUGCCCCUUUUUCGCCUUUCGUAUUCAUUCAAUCAACAAGGCUGUUGAAUAGUCGAGCGUUGCUGUCCUCUGACAGCUCUUGUUUCAUAUCUAAUUGCCAUGCAUACUUUUCUACCCUGAUAGUUAUUCUAUCAAAAGAUAUAUUUUGAUAGCCAGAAUACUCCGAAAUAAUUUUAUUUUAUUAGCAUAAAAUUUCUUGGUUUUCUUUGAAACAGUUAUUUUGUAGGGGCUUAAACUCUUGCAGUUCAUACUUAAACUUCACAGUAAAAUAGACAGGAGUUUCCUUUGCAUGUUGGGAUUAAAUGAACUGACACAACAACAAAAUACUCAAAUUAGUCCCCUAUAGAUGUUAAUGAUUUCAUUGUAGACCUUUCCGUUUAUCUGUAAAAUUCAGCGUUUUUUAACAGUUAACAAGAUGGUCCUCCUUACUACGUUGACUGGAUGUAUAUCUGUAAAAAUGAUGUUCAUACUAUAAUAUUGUAAAUUAUUUCUCUGUAACAUUUUUUACUUUUUCUUACUUAUUAUUUCAAUAGCACUUUUUACUCACAGCUGUGAUAUUGUCUUUUAUAUGAAAGUCCGUCCACUGUGUAUUGAUACCAAGGUUUUACAUUAUUGAUUUCUCUUACUGAACAAGUAGGUUUGUUACAUGUUCAUAGAUAUAUAUAUAUAUAUAUUUUAUAUGUUCCAUAUGUAUAUUAAGCACAUUAUAAAUAUUUUAUAUGUUAUAUAAGUAUAUUAAACACCUGUUGUUGUAGUUUUAAGUAAAUUUUAAGGAGGAAUUUUAUCAAACGCUCAUAACUAGACAAGUGUCUUUAUUGAUAAGCUUUACUUAUCAUCUUUAAAUUGUUUUAUUUAUCCAGGUCAUGUUUUCACAAUGAAUAUAGAACCAAUGAUGUUUAUACAUAGAACAUGAUGAUGUUUAUAAAUUAAACAUUCCAGUACUGUGAUACAGAAAUGUUUCUACUUGUGAUUAAGGACUUUUAGUUUGUAAUUAUUACAUAGUUAAAGAUAAACAGUCUAAAAGUUUAUAAAAUGGAUGCAAUAUUGCUUUUAAAAAAUGUGUGAAAGGUCUUAAUUUUAACUCCUUGUUUAGACUUAAACUAGAUUGAGUAGUCUACCUCAGUGUAUUUCUAUUUUAGUUCUAAUUUUGUUUUAUUACACAGUUUUUGUAUGUUUGUAUGGUGUUUUUAUUUAUUUGGUAUGGUAGUUAUAUUGUGAUCUGUAGUGAAACACUACUUGCUGGAGUAUCAGUGGAUCAAGUACCAAGGCGCACUCAAGCAUCAGUGGCUCAAGAACCAGGGUGCGCACGUGCAUCAAUGACUCAAGAACCAGGGUGUGCACGUGCAUCAAUGGCUCAAGUACUUGUGACCUUGACUUUGAAGAGAGCCAUCUAAAACGGUUGCUCUGCAUGCCGUCUCAAUGUGGUGAACAUUUGUGUCAAGUUUCUUCGAAAUCCUUCAAGGAGUUCAAAAGUUACAGAGCAAACAUGACAUUGCUAACAGAAAGACAGAGACAGACGGAACAUUGGCGUCAUAACAUAACAUCACUUUGGGCGUAUAAAAAUGAGUUUUGCUAAAUGAUUGAAGAUAGAAAUGA